AUGUCCUUUGUUACAGACUUGAUCAACGCAAUUGUUCCAACUGUUGCUUACGCUGAAGAACCAGUUGAAGAGGUUUCUGCACCUGUUGAAGUUAACGAAGCUGCUGAAAAGGAACAAGAGCAAGACGACGACGACGAGGAAGAAGAAGAAGACGAUGACGAUGACGACGAGGAGGAAUCCGAAGACCAGUUUGAUGCAUUGAAGAAGGAAUGUUCUCAACUUCCAUCCGUUAAGCCAUACUUGCACCACUACGAAGAAUGUGUCGAAAGAGUCACCAAGGAACAACAAGAACCUGGCUAUGAGGACAAACACUACAAGGAGGACUGUGUCGAGGAAUUCUUCCAUUUGCAACAUGCCCUUAACGACUGUGCAGCUCCAAAGCUCUUCAGCAAGUUGAAGUAA